AACAACAACAGCUAUGCGUUAAAAUGAAUAGAGAAUUCUUAUUCGACUACGGUACGGACAGACCCCCGGAGCGAUGGUCUUUUAGUGACUCCCUGAGUCGCUGGACUUGGAGCAUCAUUUGUUGUGGGAUCCCAGGGGUUCCCUGUUCCUACUGCGACUGCUGUAUGAAGAACCAUGAAGAAGAACCACCAAUAAUAAAUAUAGCCAGAGUUUAUGAUACAGAACCACUCCCAAUACCGACUUGCGAGCGUGAGCUGCCCCACCGGCCGCACGCGCUCCGCGGCCGCAAGUCCACGCCAGAGCUGAUGUCAGCGGUCAAGUGUGCGCUUACCCAGCUGCAAGGGCAGCCACACCCUGAUGAAGAGGCCCCUAAGAAAGAGGCCCCUGAAAAGGGGGCACCCGAGAAAGAUGCUCCUGAGCAAGAAGAUCACGUAAAAGAGGUUUUUAGGAAAGAGGCCUGA